AUGUUCUCGGCAUCUGGGGCGUCCUUUGAGAAUCUGGGUGACUUGGGUCCAAGUGCUCAGUUUCCUCCCAAUGAAGCAUUUGCUGGUCUUCCUGGGCCCUCGACAGGUUCGGUGCCAGCGGAAUUAGAAGGAGAAGCUAGUUCCGAGAAUUCUAUCGUUGGUGUUGUUGGCCGAACGGCUGCAUCGAAUGUUCCAUCACCUAGUCAUCCACCUCACCAGCAUGCAAGCCUGUUUUAUCUUUCUUUAAUAGAAGGGAGAUGUAGGACACAGGCCACAAAUUUGGUCAAUUCUAGAAGGCGUCCUGAGGACCAACUACCAGAGGACCACUCAGACAUCUGCAAAGUCGCAGAGAGCCUCUUCGCCGAAAUGUCAAAAGAGUUGUUAAGAGCGGGCUUGCUCCCCCAGCAGGUUGCUGUGCCCACAUUUCAUGAAUUGCGUCGCUAUUUGGCAUCCUUUGAUACCAUACUAAACAACAUUGCUAUACAACAACCUCCUGGAACUUUUGAGGACAGCACAUAUAGAGCAAUUGAGGCCUCCAACACAUUUGCCUUCAGUUCAAGCGCAGUGUCGUCGCUUUUCGAGAGAUCACAAUCCGAAUCGCAAUCUCAAUCACAAGCUUUAAUAGCUCGACGGUUCAACAUGCCCCACCUAAAUCUGCCGCAGGCCGGCUCACCUUCUUCUCUUCGCUCUACGAUAUUUCCCGAGGAUCCAGAUGAACACCUCCGAAAGUGCCUUUAUGACAUGAAAUUCAAACAGAUUUGUCGCCUCGGAAAAGGAGGCUAUGGAAAGGUCUAUAGUGCGCUCCAUAUACUUGAUGGCCAGGAAUAUGCCAUCAAAAAGAUACCUAUUUCUGCCAAUCGGCUGAAUUCGAUCCUCCAUAAUGAAAUGCAGGCCGCCGAGCUCUUGUCAGAACUCCGCGCUCUGGCGAAAUUACAACACCGCAAUGUUGUCAGAUACUAUGACAGCUGGCUCGAAGCACGUUCAGCCUGCAAAAGGAAUACUAAGCACCGUCAAAGGCAGCUGGACACCAAAGCUUAUGCCUCACAAGUAGAAGAUUCUGACUCAGAGGAUUCCGAAUCUCCUAGCUCACUAUCCAAUUCUUCAGACGAGUCAGCUGGCGAUUUUCAAAAUCUAAAGGCGACGCAGGAGAGCGAACUGAAAAAAGAAGUGAAAUGGGCUCGAAAAGGCUCUAUGCAGGAUUCGGCUAAUAGUAGCAACAUCAUCUUCGAGAAUUCGUGCCCUUCAACAUCAAAUGUAACCCAACAGAGUAACAGAUCGUCAGAAUCACAGUCCACUUUCAACAACUUAUUCCGCAAACCCACAGACGACGAAUCCGAUGAGGAAUCCGAUGAUGACGAACACGAUACCGAGGAAGUUGAGCGGAAUGCCACAGGUUUCGAAUUGUCGCAAGACAAGAAACGCCUGAUGAUAUUUAUUCAGAUGGCGCAAUAUCCGAUGACGUUGGAGGAUUUUAUAUGGCCGAAUCUGGAGAGAGGUGAAACAGCCACAAAUCCUACACAUUGCUUCCACACUAUGACAACAGCCCGUAUCCUCCUCUCAAUCCUAGAUGGGAUUGAGUAUAUACACAGCCAACACAUCGUCCACCGAGAUCUCAAACCCCCCAAUAUAUUCUUAACCGUCUCCAAAUCACGAGAAGGACUCGAAGGCUCAAUUAACUUGAAGGCAUGCCCAGAGUGCAGCCCUUCAUCGUCAGCCGAACAUGUCUGUAUCAUCCCACACAUCGGGGACUUUGGCCUCAUAGCAAAGCUUGAUGAGCCAUCUCCGGCACAGCCUUCCCAAGCUGGUUUUAGUCCGUCGCCCCUGGCAAUCUUCUCAUCAAUUGCCUCUGGCAAUCAGCCUGGCACCAUAUUGUACCGCGCACCAAAGAAUACUUCUAGCACUAUCUGUCCAAAGCUAGAUGUAUAUAGUUUAGGGGUGAUUGCCGUAGAGCUUUCUAAAAAGUUUGGGACAAGAACCGAACGUGUUCGCGUGUUAAAUAAUGACCCAAGUAAGAUGCUCGAUCUAUGCGGGCUUGCUAGUCACCCGAUGGCCCCUGGAAUUAGAGGCAUGUUGUGUACAGAGGUGGAUGGGAGAUGGGGGUGUGGUAAGGUGCGGGAGUGGUUGUUGGGGGUCCUGGGGAAGUAUUGA